AUGCCAGACAGCCAGGAGUCCGCCAGGUCGGCGGCAACCGGCGAGUCGGCCGGCGAAUUGACGCCGCUGUUGAAUCCUGUGGACGAGGUCGUCACCACGAUCGUCACCAUCGACGAAAAGCCGCUGCCUGGGCGGCAGGUCGCACUGCUCUGCCUCGCGCGCGUGGUCGAGCCGGUGGCCUUCUUCGCCGUCUUCCCCUACAUCAACCAGAUGGUGCAGGACAAUGGCGGGGUGGCUGACGCCGAUGUCGGCUUCUACAGCGGCCUGAUCGAGUCGCUCUUCUCGCUCACGCAGGCCAUCGUCAUGCUGGCCUGGGGCCGCGCCGCCGAUCGUGUCGGCCGCAAGCCGGUGCUCGUGCUCUCGCUCGUCGGCAUGGCCGCGGCCACUGCCCUCUUCGGGCUCGCCCGCUCGCUGCCCCAGAUGAUCGCCUUUCGCUGUCUUGCCGGCCUCUUUGCCGGCACCAUCGUCACCAUCCGCACCAUGCUGGCCGAACACAGCACCCCGGCCACCCAGGCCCGCAUCUUCAGCUGGUUCGCCUUCAGCGGCAACCUCGGCAUCUUCCUGGGGCCGCUGCUGGGCGGCGUCCUGGCCGAUCCGCUGCGACAGCAUGGUCCCGGCACCACCACCAUCACCAAGACCCCCUUUCUCGCAGCCUACCCCUAUGCCCUGCCUGGCUUCGUCGUGGCCGCUCUCGGGUUCGUGGCCGCCACCAUGUGCGCCCUCUUUGUCGACGAGACCCUGGUUCGGGGGCCUGGAAACGACGGAAACGAGGCCGAUCCCACAGUCUCACCCACAACCUCUACAAUCUCCACCUCCACAACUCCCUCCCUUCGAUACCUCGUCUCGGCUCCUGGCGUCGCUAUCGUGCUCUACGUCUACGCCCACGUCAUGCUGCUGGCCUUUGCCUACACUGCCCUCGUGCCCGUCUUCUGGUUUACGCCCGUCCGUCUCGGCGGCCUCGGCUUCUCGCCCCUGCAGAUCUCCGCCAUGAUGUGCAUCAACGGUGCCAGUCAGGCCGCCUGGCUCCUGCUCGUCUUCCCGCCGCUGCAACGUCGUCUCGGCACCAACGGCGUCAUGCGUCUCUGCGCCGCCGCCUACCCCGUCUUCCUGGCCGUCAGUCCCCUCGUCGCCACCCUGCUGCGCUAUGCCCCCGAUCGUCUGCUCGGCCCUGCCACUACUGCCUUCUGGAUCGUCACCCCACCGCUUCUUGCCGUCGGCAGCGGCGUCAGCAUGUGCUUUACGGCCGUCCAGCUUGCCCUCAAUGACGUCGCCCCAUCGCCUCGCCUGCUCGGCACUCUCAACGCCCUCGCCCUGACAGGCUCCAGCGCCAUGCGCGCCUUUGCCCCGGCUGCCUUCACCAGUCUCUUUGCCGUCGGCGUCCGCUCCCAGCUGCUCGACGGCUACGCCAUCUGGCUGCUCAUGGUCGCCCUCGGGCUCGGCUAUGUCGUCGCUGCUCGGUACCUGCCCGACUACGACGCGCUCAAGAAGCAGCGCGAGGAGGAAGAGUGA